GGGUAGCGGUGAUGCGCGUCGCCCUGAUCACCGACUCUUUUCCAUCUUUCCGUCUUCAUUCAUUUGAUUGCACGUGUUUACCCAUAGAUAAGUAUGACUGAGAGCGCGGGGAAUAAAAAUGAGGAUUGUCAUGCAGCGAAUGGUGUGAAACCAGGAAGAAAUGGCAUGGUGAAGAACCAUCAUCAUCACCAUCAUCAGUAUCAGAAGCAGGAGAAGGUUUACCAUGCUGCAUGCAAUGGAGAGCUUUACAGCAGGCCGUUCAUCGAGUCCUUUGAGGAAACUCCCAUGCUGGUUGCCGUGCUCACGUACAUGGGCUACGGCAUCCUCACGAUCUUUGGAUAUCUGCGGGAUUUCAUGAGGGAGUGGAAAAUAGAAAAAUGCCACAUAGCCAGAGAAAGGGAGGAGCAGAAGGACUUUGUUCCACUUUAUCAAGAUUUUGAGAAUUUCUACACAAGGAAUUUAUACAUGAGGAUUCGGGACAGCUGGAACAGGCCCAUUUGCAGUGUUCCUGGGGCCACGUUUGACCUCGUUGAGCGCAGUUCCAAUGAUUACAACUGGACCUUUGAGUACACUGGACGAGUGGUGAAUGAUGUGAUAAACCUUGGCUCGUAUAAUUAUCUGGGCUUUGCAGAGAACACAGGCGCCUGUACCACAGCUGCUGGAGAGGUGACAGUGAAAUUUGGGGUGGGCAUGGCCAGCACCAGACAGGAAAUGGGUGAGUGCUUAUUGGUUACUGGAUGUCUGAUUCUAAGUGACGAGUUGAACCAUGCCUCUCUGGUACUGGGAGCCCGGUUGUCCGGCUCCACCAUCCGGGUUUUUAAACACAAUAAUAUGCAGAGCCUGGAGAAGUUGCUCAGAGACGCUAUCGUUCAUGGCCAGCCUAGAACACAUCGACCCUGGAAGAAAAUCCUCAUUCUUGUGGAGGGCAUCUACAGUAUGGAGGGCUCCAUCAUACGACUGCCAGAAGUUAUAGCCCUGAAAAAGAAGUACAAGGCCUACCUUUACCUGGACGAGGCACACAGUAUUGGGGCAUUAGGACCCUACGGUCGAGGGGUGGUGGAGUAUUUUGGACUGGACUCCAAAGAUGUAGACGUCAUGAUGGGCACCUUCACAAAGAGCUUCGGUGCUGCUGGUGGCUACAUAGCAGGGAGGAAGGAUUUGAUAGACUACCUGCGAACUCAUUCUCACAGUGCAAUUUAUGCCACC